UUGUCAGGGAAUUUCGUGUGUCAGGGAAAAGUCAGGGAAAUGUCAGGGAUUUUUUAAAAAUCGUCUGGAAAUUUUGGCCGUGUUUGUUCUUCACGCAGCAGCACAAUACAAUAUGCAUAUCGAUUGUUCAAUUCGCCGCGUACACAAUGAUCGACGUAUCGAUUAUAAUCGGCACAUGGCUGUACACAUUGCGGCCUGUUAGGCUGGCCAAAAUGGCGCGCAUUUGUGUACUCUUGUUGAUUUUGGUUAUCGUUUUUGUUGAUGGAUAAGUGAAUUAUUAUAUCAUCAGCCAAACAAAGGUCACAACAUGGCUUCAAAACUCAGAAAAACUACAUUCAGGGAUGAAUGGAACCAGAACCCAUCCCUCUCAUGGGCUCAGGCUAUUGAUGGCAGCCCAUAUGCAGCUUGGUGCAAACUUUGCAAUCACAGGAUUGAACUGAGUAAUAUGGGGAAGCAGGCUCUUACCAGUCAUGCAUUUGGAGUGAAACACAGCAGAAGAGUGCAAGGAUUUCACAUGAGUUCAUCCAUAGCAGUGUACUGUAAAACAACUAGGCCUACAUCAGCAGCGUCACAAAAUAAUUCUGCUUCAGAGUCUUCUUCACCUUUGUCUGAAUCUUCAAAAUUGUUUAGUUCUGAUGUACCCAGCUCACCUCAAGUAUCUUCCCCUCCGUUGUUCCAAACAGAUCCAGUCAGCAGUUCUAAAUCUCUGCCUGAUACUUCCUCGAAUGCUGAUAAUUCUUAUCUAAACCCAUCCGCAACAUGUUCUUGCACGUGCACAUGUGGCAGUGCUAGAAAGGAAUCAAAAUCAUUGACAAAUUACUUAUUAAAUGAUUCUGUAACACGCGCCGAAAUACUUUGGUGUUUGUAUUGUGUUAUGGCUCAUAAUUCCUUAAGGAAUGCAGAAAAUAGUGUAGCAAUGCAUCGUAAGAUGUAUCACGACAGCAAAAUUGCAGCAAAAUUGCAGUUGGGAAAAUCGAAAGUAUCCUAUACAAUAGUUCACGGAUUGGCUCCAGAAUUUCAAAAGAAACUGCAUGCUGAUAUAUCAAAAUCUUCUCAUCUUGUAGUUGGCUUUGAUGAAAGUUUAAAUAAAAUUGCCCAGAAACAGCAAAUGGACAUUUCUGUCCGUUACUGGAAUGAAGAUGAUUCAAUUACUUGCACUCGAUAUCUUACAUCAGCAUUUCUCGGCCAUUCGACUGCAGCAGACCUGUUAAGUGCUUUUAAAAACUCUUUGCCUGUGAAUACAUUACACAAAAUUAUACAGGUGUCGAUGGAUGGCCCCAAUGUAAAUUUGCGGUUUUUAAAAGACUUGAAGCAAGAUUUGAAGGAAGGUCGUACUGAUGAGGGGGUAAUAUUGGAUAUCGGCACUUGUGGCUUACAUUCAUUACACUGUGCCUUCAAAGGCGCAAUGAAGGAAACUGGUUGGGAAAUUGUUAAAUUCUUGGGUGCUAUUUACAACCUGUUUCAUAACAUCCCCACUCGUCGUGCAGACUACAUUAGAAUAACUGGUUCCAGCUUGUUUCCUCUAAAAUUUUGUCCAGUUCGUUGGUUAGACAACGUUCCUGUAGCAGACAGAGCAUUGAAAAUUUUACCAAAUCUUCGGAACUAUGUUGCUGGUCUAAAGUCAAAUACAGAACCUACAUGUGCUAGUUUUGUUAUAGUGAAAAGUGCUAUUAAAGAUGUGUUACUUGGACCUAAACUUGCUUUUUUUUCAUCUGUUGCUGCUGAAGUUGAACCACUUCUCAAAGAAUAUCAAACAAAUGACCCCAUGGCACCGUACCUCUUUUCCGACUUUUCUUCAGUCAUCAAGAAUUUUAUGACUAGAUUUGUCAAAGCAGACGUAAUGGCAAAUACUACCCUGAGCAAAAUAGAUUUAUCUGCAAAUAAUCUUUUGUCAAGUAAAAAAAUUGACUUAGGUUUUGGGACACGAGCUGCAUUACGUUCAGAAAAUGCAAGUCAGAAGGAUAUGGAAUUAUUUAGAGCAGACUGUCUAAAAUGCCUGCAGGAAUGUGUGAAAAGGAUUUUAAAGCGCUCACCUCUUACAUUCAGCUUGACAAGAGGCAUUUCAUUUGCUGAUCCUUCUGUAGCCCUUAUUCCCGAUUUGGCGAUCAAGAGGCUGUCAUGUGCCUUAGAUAUAUUUGUUAGUCAUAAUUGGCUCUCUGGAAUUCAAGGUGACAAAAUAUUGAAGGAAUUCAAAAGAUUGUGUUCAUUGACUGCAGUGCAGGAACAUUUGAAACUCCAUGUCCGAUCCAAAGUACGCCUGGAUAAGUUUUGGUUUGACCUUUUAAAUGUUUACUGUAGUGAAAAUACAGGGCAUUUAGCAUCUUUUUUGAAAAUGAUAUUUAUUAUGUCUCAUGGCAACGCAGCAGUAGAAAGGGGAUUUUCAAUAAACAAACAGUGCUUGGUAGAAAAUCAGCUGGACAUUUCACUGAUUGCUCAGCGUACAAUUCAUGAUGGUAUUUUGUCAGCUGGAGGUCUGGAUAAUUUUGUCGUAUCUAAAAGAUUUAUUCAUGCUGCUCGUAAUGCAUAUUUAAAAUACAAGGAAUACACGGAACAACAGAAGAAGUUAUUACAGGAAAAGGAAGAACAAGACACAUGAAAAAGAAAAGCAGCUGCUGAACUCUCUGCUUUGGAAGCUAAGAAAAAGAAAAUCUUGGAAGAUGCUGAAAAAGAAGCUGCUGUAUUAAGCUUCCAGAUAGAAGCUUUAAAAAAGUAGUGCUGCUAAGAAAAACCUUUGUUAAAAUUUUAAUUUGUGAUUGGACUUAAAAGGUUUUUUUAAAGUUUUCAGUUUGGAACUAUUGCAUACUUAGCUAAUUUGAAUACUAUAUAUAUUAUUUUUAAAUAUGAAGUGGAACUGACUUAUGUUUUCAAAACCAUCUAGUGAGUAACUCUUGAAGAAAUUGAGGAACAUGGUGAUAUGUUAGUACAAUAAACAUAUUUCAUAUAUUUUUUUUCACAUUUUGUAUUUUAGUAUUAGACCUAUUUACACAGUUGCUGUUGCUUAAAAUUUCGCAGUAUAUUUUUACAUAUAUUAUAGUGUAAAAAAUAUUGACAAAGUUUAUAAGAAUUUAAAUGGGAACGAGCAUAGUGUCAGGGAAAAUCCUAAUUUUGUCAGGGAAAACAGGGAAA